UAUAAAAAGAAACGAGGAAGUCUUAAGCCCCAGAAGUAAAGGUGUGGGUAUAUCGACUCACACUCACACACUGACUCACACCUUGUAGCCUGUCGACAUGAAGCCGCCAUCAGUUCUGUUUGUGUGUGUGUUGGUCGUCUGUCGUCUGGAGACGACCCGACCCCACGGCAUGCUGCUGGUCCCGCCACAGAGGUCGUCCAUGUUCAGAGAGGGCUUCGAUGUCCCCGCCAACUACGACGACAAUGGACUGAACUGUGGAGGAAUUACGAACCAGUUCAACGUGAACGGCGGGAAAUGCGGCGUGUGUGGCGACCCCUACCAAGGACCAUUUCCCAACGAAAUUGGUGGUAAAUACGCGACCGGAAUAAUUGGCCGGACCUACGUAGAAGGAGAAUUAAUUAGUGUGGUCGUCAAAGUGACGGCCAAUCAUCUGGGGUAUUUUGAAUUUCGUCUUUGCCCUCUCGACAGCAGAACGCCCAGAGUUACCCAGUCGUGUCUAGACCACACCUUGCUGAAAAUACAGGAUGGCCACGACUGGACAACAAAGUACUAUCCCGGAAGCAGGAAAGGAGAGUUCUCCAUCCGAGUUAAGCUGCCAGAUGGGUUGACGUGUACACGGUGCGUCAUGCAGUGGACCUACAGAGCAGGAAACAACUGGGACUGCAGCAAGGAGGAAGGUUGUUGCAAGGGAUGCGGGCCACAAGAACAUUUCAUCAACUGUGCAGAUAUUGCGAUAACUUCAACUUCAGCUACACAGCAACGGCCGCUAAACACAACGCAGCAUACAACAACACCGCCGCCACCAUCAUCAUCAGUUUCGACAACAUCUGUUGCGACGUCAUCAACAAUGUCGCAAGCGACACCAACGUCGAGCUGUAGAGAGAAGACCGGUUGGGAACACAUCUACCCUUGGUGCAGGACAAACUGCGCCUUGGGGUAUUGUCCACGAAGUCACUGCACGUGCGACGGAGACGUCUCGGACCCAUACGACAACUGCCGCGCUGUUGGCGUCUUCACCGGGAACGAGGCUGUCGACAACUGGUGUGUGGUUAACUGUAGAAUGGGCGUUUGUCCUGGAACCCUCUGUAGUUGUUCUUGACCUUCAAGGCUGUGAGCGAGUUGUGUGUAGUUAACUGUAGAAUCAAUGUUUGUGCUGAUAACUACUGCAAAAGUCUCUGAUCUGCAACAAGACACUAAGCGAGUUGUGUGUAGUUAUCUGUAGAAUUAACGUUUGUGCUCAUAACCAUUGCAAAUGUCCUUGACCUUCAACUAUAAACUGUGAGUGAGUUGUGUGUAGUUAACUGUAGAAUUAACGUUUGUCCUGACACUUACUGCAGAUGUCCUUGACACUUAAUUACAGCUAUGCUUGACAUGCAGCUUCCAAUAUUUUCAAGUAGAGCAUAUGUUAAAACUAAAAUAAAUUAACAAAGAAUUGUCCGUUGUAAUAACAUGCAGUAAAUGGUAAAUGAUCGUAACACUAGGCUUAACAUGAAACUCGACAGAAAUGUAGGGUCAUUAUUAUGCAUAGUACGCCCUAAUUAUAUUAGCUGAUUAACAACAAACAAACAUUCGCAAUACUGUUAAUAAAGACAAAGAAGAA